GGUGCAUCUUGAACUCUGUCUGCAGGCGUGGCUGUUCGUGUGCGUGCUCGCGUGAUUACCACCCUCUUAUAUAUUUAAGAGUAUUUCGUAGACGGGCGGACUUGUUGGUUCGUCUUCCCACGCUCGCAUUACACCUACGUAUACACGUACACGCCAAAUCAUGAGAGGAGGCCUUUGGAACUGCUUAGAACUGAGGAUUGGACGAUCAAACAUUGCAUCUUGCUGCCCAUAAACGAAACGAUGAACCGAGAUAUGAAGCUGGAUGUUGAAUCCGUCAUGGCCGACCAAGACAAGAACAGCCGCUAUGAGGGCUACUUCGCCUAUCGACCACUAUCCAACCUACCUACACCGCCCCCAAGCUCUCGCAACUCAUCCGCGGCUCAAUCACCACGAACUACACUUGACGAUGGAGAGCCAUUGAUGCCUCGAUUUCGAGGCCCUGCCAUCCACCUCGUCAACCUCAUCCCGUCAUCUGCCUCUCUGGCCACGGCCUCUGUCCCUCUUGUUCAGGCCAUCCUGAGCCGCGCCAAUCUCCCGAUUGAGACCGUUGCUCUCGCAGUAUGCAUUCUCGAUAGCCUCGACUCCCGCUUCGCCCGACGAUGGCGCCUCUCGUGCCCCCUGCUGUCCGGCUACUUCUCCUCCACGUCUAAGCGACACACUCUCCCGCCGACGCCCAUCAUGCCUCAACGACAGCAGUUACACAUCGACUCAGUCAACCCCGAGCUCAUCAUUUUGGCGGCUCUUGUCAUUGCGGUCAAGUUCAUGGAGGAUCCUCAGGAGGCUUCUCAGUACUAUUGCAAAGCCUGGGGCCGGGGCAUGUGGUCACCCGAGCAGCUCAACACCACCGAACGAUGCAUCAUGGAGAACCUCAACUACCGCAUCAUGCCCCUUUGCGAUGAGGACUGUCUGACGGACGCUAUGGUGGAUAUGCAAUAUGCCGCUCAGCAGCCCCAAUGGGACAUCAACGAGCAUAUACCCGCGGAUAGUGACGACGAGAGCGACGACAGCAACAAUCACAAUAACUAUGUGCCUAGCCACUCCAGAUCAAAGACACUCGGCACAGGAUCGGCAGUAUUGGGGUUGGGCCUUUCUCUAACACCUGUCGAUACCCCGACUGCCGAGGCCAGCCACUCGACUACCCCGCAACCGUCAAGGCUCUGCAAUGACUACUUCAACCAUUUCCAGGCACGAGAGGAUUAAAAAGGAUAAACGGCGUUCUUUCUUCACUUUGGGCAUUACGAGGCGUUACCGUGGAUACCGACACAUUUAGCGACUUUUUAUGGAUUGUUUUGACAGCGACUCGACUCGAUCCGGCGUGAUGGGCAUCUUGUUAUGUGGUUGUUUUGGGAAUCAGACCCCUUUUAUAACGCUCCUGAUUGGACGACGGGGCGGGAAAUAGCAUUGUUCUACAUACGGAGGCAUUCGGGGUGAACAUUGAAUUCCUAUAAUCGAGGAACAAGUUUAUUGGGAUUGAUUUGGUUUGUUUUGGUCAGCUGGGUUUGCCUACAUGGCAUCAUAGGUUGAAGCAUGGAUAUGGCAUCUGAUCUGAAGCUAGGAUUACACAUACCCCUUUCCGUAUAUUCUAGUCAAUAACUACGUACUUUUAAUGUUCUAUAAA